AUGGGAGUGGAAGGUGGCCGAGAAGAGUUCGCCACCGGCUGGCGGAUGGCAUACCAAUCCAUUUGUUUUUCUCUCUUUUUCCACUUUUCUCUUGCCCUCAACCGUCCCUCUGGCACACAAACGCAUCCGUCCAACACCAGCCUGCCCAACCCCUUCUCCCUAUCGCUUGCCCGGUCCGUCUAUGGAGUUGGGGAUAAAAAUAUUCCUCUUCAUGUCGAGAAAGUCGAGCCACUCCGCCCACCCCCGACACUGGUUGGCCCGACACCGACAGUUCAUUGUGGCCUGUGCCUGAGACUUGUCAUUCCAUACGGACAACGUCUCCUCGAUCUGGCCAAUUAUGCACAUAUGUCACUUCUGUAUUUAUUCGUCAUACCGCCUCGUUGGCAGGAGCAGGUUUCGCGAGUACAACACAAACUUUUCACAUUUCCACUCGAACGCAGACAACAAACACACACUCAAUACACUACUCUGCCGCACCCAGACUCUCAUGACUCGGCCCAAUCGAAAAAAGCACACACAAUUCACAUACACACACAUACACUAGAACAUGCUCACGGACAACCACAUACACAAAUGUACACAGACGAAGGUGAGGUUGACAUAUCACCGGUUGGUUUGCCCUCUUCUCGCUCCAUCACAUGUUCAGCUCACCUGUCCAAGGCAGCGUCCAUGUUGAGGUGGAAACCAAAGUUUAUCAAGCGGGACGUUGACGACCGUCUAGAAAAGGCCCAACACCGGCUUCCCACCUCGAGCAAUCCGCCUCAACCCCCCUCGACUCAAUCGGCCCCAGAGACCGUUGGCACCGCUGCCUUAUUAGCUCGAGACAGGCGGUGCUGCUGCUGGGGCGUCCGAGGCAAGUCGCUUUUACACCUCCGCGUUUGCCCACUCCAGGCAACGUAA